AUGCAGCCCAUACUUUACACCUUGGCCCGUUGGGUCUCUUGCUGUCCGUGGUCGGUCUAUAGUAUUGGGCUUUUAGCCUUAAAAUUGCACUCUCGUAGGCUUUUUUACCACGUAAUUCUCAGCCCGCCCAAUUAUGGCGGCUGCGCCAAAAAAGCUUCGUCACCGAAACCACCAGUCCACCACCGUCAGUCGCCACCAUCAUUCAUUCAAUUCAACCAGUCCGACCGUGCUUUUCUCUCUCCACCGUCUCGCCGGCUGACUUCUUCUCCAAACUCCGGAACUCAAUUCUUCUCUACGCCGACGACACCCACCUGCCGAAGCAGCAUCGCUCUGUCACUCAAAAGGGAUUUGGCCGAGGUGUCUGACGCGGUACUUGCAGUAAUAACCUUGGAGACGAAGCUACGGAACAGUCGGAUUCUGCGAGAAGGUAUGGCCUUGAUUGAAGAAGUGCCUCAGGAAGACAAAAAAGAAGAAACAGCGGCUGAGAAGGUCGCUUCAGGGAAGCCCAAAGCAGUGCCUGCAGAGACCACCACAGAUUCAGCCACUGCCACAGCAUUAACACCAUCUGGAGGCGCAGAGAAUGACUCAGAUGGCUUUGAAACUGCGAGUGAACGUGAUGUGAGCGACAAUGAUGAAGCAAAUCAGGACAUGAAGCAGCACCAGGAAGAUGCUGCAACUGAUGAAGAAGCAAAGCAGAAAGCAUUAGUGCAAGCCAAUGAUGCUAAAUUGGAAGGCAAUAGACUAUUUGUGGAUAAGAAGUAUGAGGAGGCACUAGCACAGUAUGAUGUUGCCCUACAAGUUGCCCCUGAAUUGCCCUCUUCUUCGGAGCUCAGGUCCAUAUGCCAUACAAACCGCUCUGUGUGCUUUUUGAAGCUGGGGAAAUAUGAGGAAACAAUCAAGGAAUGCACAAAAGCAUUAGAAAUAAACCCUUCAUAUAUUAAAGCUUUUAUGAGAAGAGGAGAGGCCCAUGAAAAGCUUACACACUUUGAGGAAGCUAUUUCUGAUAUGAAAAAGAUUUUGGAGUUAGAUCCGUCGAACGACUUUGCUCGUAAAUCUAUGAUUCGGCUGGAGCCAUUGGCAGCAGAAAAGCGUGAGAAAUUGAAGGAAGAGAUGAUUGAGAAGCUGAAAGAGAUGGGGAACUCUGUGCUCGGUCGAUUUGGGAUGAGCGUCGACAACUUCAAAGCUGUGAAGGAUCCAAACACUGGAUCUUACUCUCUCUCAUUUCAACGUUAG